GUUCUUAACCAAAUGCAGGACCUGGUGGACGCGGCGUCGGUGGUGGCCAGCGCUGACGACAUGGCGGACAUGAAAUUCUGCCGGGAAAUGUUUGCCAUAAUGGCGGACUCAUACCCUGCCCUCGGCGGCGUGAUAGCCCUCCAUUUGUGGCCUCAAUUCUUCGACGAAUAUGUGUGCAAUGAACUUCUGAAGUCAUGGACUUUCGUCAAGAACCUUUUCCCUCUUAUGAUCGACAUGGAAGAAUCUGGGUUUAAUUCUUUGACUUUCACUGUCACAUACCCUGAAAGCGCCGAACUCAAAUUUCAAGCCCCAAAUGGUCUUUCUAAUGACGUUGAGUUCGAAUUGAUUCCUUCGCUUGACCCGUUGGAGGUCGGCGACUUUGAUUUCUCGUCGUUUGUGAGCUUGGAAUCAGAAGAGUUCGUAAACAUUGUUACUGAGUAUCACAUGUUCGAUUACGUUCAUGUGACUGUAACGAGUACCCGAGUCAUAUUCUCUUACGCGAUCAUGCUAGAGACGAUUCUUACCCAAGAGGAUGGAGAGUGUCUUAUUGGAGGCAUUACAGCACCAAAUCAUAUGGAAUUUAUAAUCACUCUCAGUCCCAUUGAAGCUUUCUAUAGUAUGGCACAUCGAUCCAAGAGGGUAUGGCUAUAUAAGUCAAUGCAUACCACUAAAGGUGUAAUUAUUUUCCCUCUUGGAUUGUAUUAUCGAUUUGUGGCUUAUUUCUAUAAUCCGGGGGAAUGAUUUAUAUGGGAAAACCCUCUCUACUUUCUGCCAAAAUGUUGAUGCCAUUUCAUACUCAUUUCCUCUCAAUCAAGUAUUCAAAAAAAAGUUGU